AUGGAUCUCUAUCGCCAGAUAUCCGCGCUGCGCAACAAGACGCUCAAAAUCAUCAUUCAGCGCCACUUUGUCUCGACACUGUACUCGGCGCUCGUCCUCCCCAUCAUUGCCUCGCUGUACCUCGGCCUCGGCCAGAAAUUCACAAACGCCGACGACAAGUACGGCAUCGGCAGCCCGCGAACCAUAACCUCGCUCGCCGACGCCCUCUCCCACGCGACCGGCGGCCGCGACACCGUCGUCCUCAUCAACGCGGGGAACAACCACACGAGGGGCGGCGCCAUUGACCGGGUCCUCGACUCCGUCGCCGAGGCCGUCACGUCGGCUGGCCGAAACGCGACCCGCCUCGGCCGCGAGUCCGACAUUGGCUACGUCUGCCAGAGCUCGAUCCGGGCGACAUCAAGGUGCUUUGGCGCCGUCGUCAUUCACUCCUCCCCGGACGAGGGCGCCGACGGCUACUGGAACUACACGCUGCGCGGCGACGGCGCGCUCGGCCGCUCGUUUCGCGUCGACAAGAGCGGCGACAAUGCCGCCGAGAUUUACGCGCUACCGCUGCAGCGCGCCGUCGACGCGGCCAUUGCCCGCCAAGAGUCAUCAUCAUCAUCGUCGUCGUCGUCGUCGUCGUCGUCGUCUGGUUUGCUGCUCCCCGACGCGACGCAGCAGUAUCCGUACUCGGCCCUCACCGAGGACGAGCGCGAGGCCAAGGUGCGUCGCGCGUACCAAAGGACCUUUAUCAACUUUCUCAGCGUCGCCUUCAUCAUGGCGCUCAUCGGCGUCUGCUACCACAUGCCGGGCUUCAUCGCCACCGAGCGCGAGAUUGGCAUGUCGCAGCUGAUUGACGCCAUGAUGCCCGUCCGGGCCAAGUGGCACUGCCAGCUCGCCCGGCUCCUCUCCCACCACAACGCCUUCAUCAUCACCUACCUGCCCGGCUGGAUCGUCGCCGCCGUCGUGAACCGCAUCCUCAUCUGGACAAACGUCAGCUACGCCAUCAUCAUUCCCUUCUUCGUCCUCGCCGGCGUCGCCAUGACGUCCAUGUCGCUGCUCGGCGCCUGCUUCUUCAAAAAGGCCCAGCUCUCCGGCAUCAUCACCGCCCUCGUCUGGCUCGCCCUCGGCAUCGUCGCCCAGGCUGUCCCGCGUCCCGGCACGGCCACCGUCGCCGUCCUCAGCCUGCUAUUUACGCCCUGCAACUUUGUCUACUUCAUCACCUACGUUGCGCGCUACGAGCAGGAGGCGCUGCCCACCGACCUGCUGCGCGCCCAUCCCAGCAGCCCCUGGAAGCUGCCCGGCAUCGUGCUGUGGGUGUUUUUUGCCGUGCAAAUCAUCGUCUACCCGAUUCUCGCCGCCUUGCUCGAGCGCGCGCUGCACGGCGUCACCACCGGCACGCGGCAAAACGCGGCGCCGGCCACCAACAACAACAACGGCUCGGCGGCCAUGUCAGAUGCCGUGCAAAUCAGAAACAUGACCAAAAUCUACAAGCCAACCCUGUUGCGACGCCUUUUUGCGUUUGUGUCGCCGCCGAGGCCCGAGGUGGUCGCCGUGGACUCGCUGACGCUGACGGCGAAAAAGGGCCAGAUCUUGGCCCUGCUUGGUGCCAAUGGCAGCGGCAAGAGCACGACCCUCGAUGCGAUUGCGGGAAUCAGCAACUUUACGAGCGGCGAUAUUGCCAUUGACACAACUGGCGGUCUGGGCAUUGCGCCGCAGAAAAAUGUCCUUUGGGGCGAGCUCACUGUCGAAGAGCAUCUGCGCGUCUUUUCCAACCUCAAGACACCAUCGAACCCGGCAACGCAAGAGCAGAUAGACAGCCUCAUCCACGCCAUUGGUCUGAAGAAGAAGACGAAAGACAUGGCCAAGACGCUCUCUGGCGGCCAAAAGCGCAAAUUGCAGCUGGGUCUGAUGCUGAUUGGCGACAGCGGCGUCUGCUGCGUCGACGAGGUAUCUUCUGGUAUCGAUCCGCUGUCGCGCCGCAAGAUCUGGGACAUUCUCCUCCGCGAGCGCGGUAGCCGCACAAUCAUCAUGACUACGCAUUUCCUCGACGAGGCUGAUUUGCUCGCCGACAAUAUUGCGAUUCUUUCCAAGGGCAGGCUCCGCGCCGAGGGCUCUUCGGUGCAGCUCAAGGAUACCUUUGGCUCCGGAUACCGCGUGCACGUUCUCAACGCCCGCCACAUGAUGAGCCGCGCUGCCCAAGUCGACGGUGUUGAGCGGUAUACUUCGACCAAUACAAUCACCUACGUCGCGCCCUCUGCCACCCUUGCCGCCUCCGUCAUUCGCAUGCUCGAAGGCCGCAAUGUGCCGUACAAGUUCUCCGGCCCUACCAUCGAAGACGUCUUUCUCAACUUGGCCGAAGAGAUCAAGGAUCACGGCAUGUGCGACCCAGUGAUGCCGAAUGGUGCUCCAGAGAGCAAGAUUAGUCGCAGCCAGAGCCCCGAUGCAGAAAAGAAGCCGCCCUCUGCUCAGCCGCUUCCGCUCUUGCGCGGUCGCCAGCUCGGGCUCUUUCAGCAAAUCCCUGUACUUUUGCGGAAACGCUUCGUCAUCUUCAAGACCAACUGGGUGCCGUAUCUCGCCGCCUUCUUGAUUCCCAUUGUGGCAGCGGCAAUCAUCCAGCUGCUCACCAACAACAUGGCGGCUCCUGGCUGUUCUCCCAGGGAGCGCAGCCGCGACAACGAGAACACGGAUUUCACAAAUCUUCUCGGCGUACCCUUCAUUGUGGGUGGUCCAUCUGCGACGUUUAGUACUUCCGCCAUUGCAGAUGUGUUCAAGCCCAUCAUUCCGAAUCUUGCCGCCAGCGCCAGCAGCCGCAUCAAGGUUGUCGAUUCCUUUGACUCUUUCAAGUCCUACAUUGAAGAUAACAGAAAGAACGUGACUCCAGCAGGCCUUUGGCUGGGCCAGUCAGGUUCGGCUGCUACCUUGGCGUACAAGAUGGAUGAUGGGCUAUCCAUGUUCACAUCGACGCUGGGCCAGAGCCUUCUCGAUAGUCUGCUCUUGAACAAGACAAUCGCGACCGAAUACAAGCCCUUUGACAUUGCUGUAGCGCCAUCUACGGGUAGCGGACUGCAGGCCAUUGUGUACUUUGCGCUUGCAUGCUCUGUCAUUCCGGGUUUGUUUGGUCUCUACCCAAAUUCCGAGAAGCGCAACGGGGUACGUGCCCUACAGUAUUCGAGCGGUGCUCGUGCAUUCCCCGUCUGGGCAGCCCAUGCCAUUUUUGACUGGUCCAUCAUGGCUGUUUCCAUGCUGAUUGCCGCCGGUAUUUUUGCGGGAACGUCUAGCAUUUGGUACAAUGUCGGUUUUCUAUUCCCCAUUUUCCUCUUUUACGUUCUGGCGGCCAUCCUAAUUUCGUACUUUGUGUCGCUCAUCAUGAAGAGUGCCCUGGCUACUUAUGCGAUUGCCUCGGUGAUUCAGGGACUGGGCUUUGCAGUAUAUUUGAUUGCCUACUUUUUCAUCCUGCUUUAUUCCGACCCAGCCGAGACGGAAAAGAGUGUCCUGAUCGGUCACUGGGUCAUUGCCAUCUUCUUUCCGACAGGCUCCCUGGUGCGUGCGCUCAUGGUGGCUCUCAAUGUCUUUUCUACGACGUGUGACGGCUUCGCAUUGCAGAGCAACCCUGCUGCCAUGAAGGCGUAUGGCGGCCCGCUCGUCUAUCUCAUCGUGCAAUGCGUCUUUUGGUUCAGCAUGGUGGUGUACUUUGAGAGCUCCGAUGGCAAGUACAAGACGGGAAAGCCGCAGUACAGCGAUGAUACGGAGGAUCCAGAGGUUGCUGCGGAAGAGGUUCGCGUGGAUGGGCCGGGCGAGGAGACUGAUGGCCUCCGCGUGGUGCACCUGACAAAGGCGUUUGGAAACAUGACUGCUGUUGACAAUGUCACGUUUGGUGUCGGCCACGGUGAAGUGUUUGCAUUGCUUGGUCCCAAUGGUGCAGGAAAAUCGACAACGAUAUCCAUCAUUCGUGGCGAUGUAGCUCCAAGCCGAAUGGGCGGUGACGUCUUUGUGGAAAAUGCAUCCGUCACCAAGAAUCGACCUGCUGCGCGAGCCAAUCUCGGAGUCUGUCCACAAUUCGACGCUAUUGACUCCAUGACUGUGGUCGAGCACCUGCAGCAUUACGCACGCAUUCGAGGCAUCGCCGACGUGGACCACCAGGUCACGGCUGUGAUUCGCGCUGUCGGCCUAGAGGCGUACACUGGUGUCAUGGCGCAUACACUUUCCGGCGGUAACAAGCGCAAACUGUCCUUGGCUAUUGCGCUUACGGGCAAUCCGUCUGUGAUUCUUCUGGACGAGCCUUCGUCUGGUCUUGAUGCUGCGGCGAAGCGCAUCAUGUGGCGGACGCUCGAGGCCAUUGUCCCGGGCCGAUCGAUUCUGCUCACGACGCAUAGCAUGGAGGAAGCCGAUACUCUGGCCACGCGGGCAGGCAUUAUGGCGCGGCGCAUGCUGGCGCUCGGCGGCACGGAGCAGCUGUGCCAAAAGUUUGGCGAUUCGCUGCACGUGCACAUGGUGAGCAAGACGGCGCCGCAUUCGAGCGACGAGGAAAUGCAGCAGAUCCAGACGUGGGUCAUGGAGACAUUUCCGGGCGCGCAGAUGGAACAGGAGACCUUUCACGGACAGAUGCGCUUCUCAAUCCCCGCGUCGUCGAUUGAGGUUUCGAGUGCCAGUGCCGGAGGCAACGGCAGCAGCGCCAUUGGACAACUGCUGCUCAUCCUGGAAGAGAACAAGGAAAGACUGGGCGUUGCGCACCAUAGUGUCAGCCCUACAACACUAAACGAAGUCUUUUUGACGAUUGUCGGCAAGCAUGACGUGCAGGAAGAGGGUGAAGCGGCACCCAAGAAAAAGCCGUGGUGGAAGAGGUCGUUGUUUUGA